GCCGCAUCUUGCAUAAGAUUAUCAGACAACAGCUGAUUCGCGGGAUAUAUCGCCCACCGCGGCUCGCGGCUCCCAUCAGUAUCAAUUCGUCCACGCUCUGCAUCUGCGCGCCAUGGUCUGCAACGACGCUCCAGCCAGAACGACAGUGCUGCUAGCUGCCGUGUGGGUGACGGCGUUCUGCCAGCAGUUCCCGGGUGUCAGAGACUGCGCACUUGUACUACCGGACCCCCAGAGACCCGGCUUCAAUGGUAUCGAGGGUUCGGAUGUUCGGCCAGGAUGCAUAACGUACGAAUCGGUGAACGAAGCGUUUCUACAAGCCCGCGAGAAGGCGGGUCUCCGCCGCCCACCCCACACGACGACAGUGUUCACCCUGGCUCAGCUGGGGUCAGCGCUUCAGGAAACGACGCGCCUUUUGGCAGACAGGUUCCGCCUGUCUCGCGAUGACGUGGCUCUGGGUCUGCCUCGCAUCAACACCCUGAGGACUGACAUCGCAGAUUUCUGCCCCCGAUCUCACCGCACUGACCGACCCUGCAGGGCGACUCGCUACCGCCGGCAUGAUGGUGGCUGCAACAAUCUCCAGCACCCCACCUGGGGCUCCGCACUCCUCCCCUUCAAGAGGCUCCUGCCACCUGUGUACGCCGAUGGUGUGAGCGAGGUGCGGGCGGAUCGCGAGGGCUUCUCCCUUCCUAACCCCCGCGUGGUGUCAGCUCACGUGCACAGAGACGAGGGCACUCACGAUCGCGCCGUUUCCCUGAUGUUCGCAGCCUGGGGUCAGCUGGUGGACCACGAUCUCACCUUCACCGCAGAGACCAAAGAUCCGAGUGAUCUGCGAGAACCGAACUGCUGCGGGUCUGGAAGACCUCGCCACCCCAACUGUCUGCCGGUGUCUCUGCCCCCGGACGAUCACUUCUUCCGCCUCAACAAACAGGCGUGUAUGAACAUGCUGAGGUCCCUGGCGGGAGUCAGGAGCGACUGUCGGUUGGGUCCCCGAGCUCAGACCAACACCGCGACGGCCUACAUCGACGGAAACUUCGUGUACGGAUCGAACGUGCGACUGGCAGACGAGUUGCGGCUCCUGAAGGGAGGCUUGCUCAAGACGCUGCCCGCGUUUAGCGACCUGGGGCUCAAGGACCUCAUGCCGCUCAAGCUGCAGUUCCCCGAUGACGGCUGUAUCCGCAGUAGCCCCGACAUCUACUGUUUCCUCGCAGGCGAUAACCGCGCGAAUGAGAACAUGGCUCUGGCUGUGCUCCAUACGAUGCUGGUAAGGGAGCAUAACCGGAUCGCAUCAGAGCUGAGCGAAAUUAACCCCGCCUGGGAUGACGAGAAGCUUUAUCAGGAAACACGGCACAUCGUGGCCGCGUUGGUGCAGCACAUCACGUUCACCGAGUUCCUGCCGAUGCUACUCGGCAAGGAGACCGUGCAGAAGUACGACUUGGUGCCAGAAUCGGAGGGCUACUGGGACGGGUACGCCCCUGACGUGGACGUCACCAUCCCUUCAGCCUUCUCUACGGCUGCUUUCAGGUUUGGCCAUUCUUUGCUGCCGAGCGUCCUGGAGCGAUGGAGCCCCAACCAUGUCCGAAUAGGUGCCCUUAGGCUGAGCGAGACGCUGAAGAGACCGUUCGACCUGUACAAACCAGGAUGGUGUGACCAGUAUGUCAUCGGACUUGUCAACCAAGUGGCGCAGGCCAUGGACCAAGGGGUCACAGAGGAGCAUCACGAUAUAAGGCGUUUAGGUGGUGUGGAUAGCAAAGCUCCACACCAGAUGAAGGCGAGUGGUCAUUUUCAUAUUGUGGCGUCAGUAUUCCCAGUGCACGCUGGUUUGAUUACAACCACUCUACAGAAGGGGCAUGUGGCAACAAGUACAAAAAUAAACUUGGUUGGAAAUGAAAGAGUUGUGACAACUUUUCAGGAAAACAAUUUCUCUUUUAAUUCCAAAGGUGCCCUUAGGCUGAGCGAGACGCUGAAGAGACCGUUCGACCUGUACAAACCAGGAUGGUGUGACCAGUAUGUCAUCGGACUUGUCAACCAAGUGGCGCAGGCCAUGGACCAAGGGGUCACAGAGGAGGUGACAAACCACUUGUUCCAGCAGCCCUCUCACCGGUAUGGGAUGGACCUGGUGUCCCUGAACCUGCAGCGAGCUCGGGAGCACGGAGUGCCAGGGUACAAUAAUUACCGGCGCCUUUGCGGGCUGCAGCCCCUGCACCACUGGGCCAACAUGCAGCACGCACUGUCCAAUGAAACCGUACGACGCUACCAGGAUAUCUAUCGUCACCCAGACGAUGUGGAUUUGUGGUCUGCUGCUAUAUCAGAGCACCCAAUGCCAGGAAGUUUGGUCGGUCCAACCUUUAACUGUAUUAUUGCCCGGACAUUUAAGGAUCUACGACGUGGUGACCGCUUUUGGUACGAAAACUCUGGUUGGCCCAAUUCCUUUACACCUGAACAGUUGCAAGCAAUCCGACAGGUGAAGUUGUCCCGGUUGUUAUGUGACGCGAGCGAUAACCUGGAGACCAUCCAAGUGUAUGCAAUGGUGCUACCAGACUUUCAUACGAACCCUCGAAUCUCAUGUAGAAGUCGUGUCUUGCCAAGAUUAGACCUGACAAUGUGGAGGGACACAACUAGUCAACUGUCAUUGCCUCAAGUGCCCCUAGUUGAGGAUGGAGAUGACAGCAAUUCCGUGGAGCUACCAUUGGUACCAGAAGGUAAAUCAUCAAGAAUUCAAUUCCCAGACACUCCAUUUCUUUUUGAUAUAUUUAAAAAGUAGUCUACUUGUUACUAGUUACCGCUCAGAAACUUUGGUUGGAAUGCCAUAUUGUGGGCAGUGUAAUUUAAUAAGAUUGCAGAUGUUUGUAUGACUGGUCCCCUCUUCCGCUGAGCAAAGGGCAUUAAGAGGAGGUACGAAAACUUGCAGAAGAUAAUCAACAAAUAAAUUAUAAAAUUUCUAUGUACUGAAAUUAUAUUUUGAGCUUGUAAACAGAACAUGCUACGAA